AUGGCUCCAAAUGGUAGAAAAAGAACAGGAGCAAAAACAACAAGAAGAACCCAGUAUAAGAAGCGGGUUAUGAAGCCCAAGAGCAUUAAAGAAGCUUCAAUAAUUGAGGAUUUGCCUUCUAACUCUUCCACCACCACCACCACAAGCUGCAAUGGUUGUUCAAAGAUUGAUGGCUUAGAUUUUGAGGGUGUUGAUAUCUCUGCAAGUGCAUGCUCUACUCCAAAAGCUGAGAGGUUUCGGAUACCAGAGAUUCAAACAUGUCCACCUGCACCGAGGAAGGAAAGGAUAAUAUCAAAUUGCUCUUUGCAAAGGAGACCGAUUGCUUUCUUUGCUCCUCCGGAUUUGGAGCUCUUCUUCUUCUAUGCAAUUCACGAUGUAUCAGUUUGA